GAGAAAGGGAGAGAGAGAGAGAGACUCCUCUUCUUCUUCUUCUUCUUCAUUGUUCAUAAUGAUGGAUGGCGCUGGCGCAAGCUCGGCGGAGAGCAGCUGCGGCGGCGGCGGCGCGUGCGCUUACGGCCUCCUGCUCAGCGCGCUCUCCCUCGUUCCGAUCUGGCACUACGCUCUGGGCGCCUGCCUCGGGUCCGCCGUCUUCCUCUACCGCUUCCUCGAGUGCCAUCUCUUCGAGGACCUCGCCUCCCGCCUCCGAUCCUCCCCUCCCAAGCUCACGUUCAGCUCCUCCUCCUCCGUUUACGCCGCCGUCGUCUCCAAGUGCCGGAUCCUUCACGGAAAGUACUUGGCGACUCCAUGGCUCGCGAGCCCUCAUGUUCAGACCGUGUUCCUAAAUUUCUUCGGGAGGCCGCCAUCUUUCAGCUACAGAAGGCAAAUAUUUCGGACUUCUGAUGGGGGGACAAUUGCUUUAGAUUGGGUAUUGAGUUCAGAUGUGUCUGGAGGUGCCUUUCACAUGGAAAGUUCCAUUUCGAAAGAUGAUACAACUCCCAUUGUGGUGGUGGUUCCUGGCUUGACAAGUGAUUCUUGUUCUGCUUAUUUAAAGCAUCUUGCUUUCAACACUGCCAAAAGCGGAUGGAAUGUUGUUGUAAGCAACCAUCGGGGACUAGGUGGUGUGUCAGUUACGUCUGAUUGCUUUUACAAUGCUGGUUGGACGGAGGAUGUCCGCGCUGUCAUUGACUAUCUGCAUAAUGAGUACCCAAAAGCUACUUUAUUUGUCGUGGGAACUAGCAUCGGGGCCAACAUUUUGGUAAAAUAUCUUGGGGAGGACGGAGAGAAUGUUCCUGUUGCUGGCGCUGUUGCAAUUUGCUCCCCAUGGGAUCUUUUGAUUGGUGAUAGAUUUAUUAGUCGAGGACUACGGCAGAAGAUCUACGAUAGAGCACUUACCAUUGGCCUCCAAGGCUAUGCACAGUUACAUCAACCCCGCUAUUCUCGCCUUGCUGAUUGGGAGGGCAUCAGAAAGUCACGCUCUAUUCGAGAUUUCGACAAUUACGCUACCUGCCUUGUUGGGAAAUUUGAGACAGCAGAUACAUACUAUCGGCGUUGUAGCAGUGCUAAUUAUGUAGGAAGUGUUGCAGUUCCACUGCUGUGUAUCAGUGCUUUAGAUGAUCCCGUUUGUACUAGAGAAGCCAUUCCAUGGGAUGAAUGCAGGGCAAACAAAAAUAUAGUUCUGGUUACGCCAAGGCAUGGAGGGCACUUGGCAUUUUUCGAAGGAAUAACUGCAACAAGCCUGUGGUGGGUACGGGCUGUCAACGAGUUUCUUCACAUCCUACAUUCUAGUCCAUGCAUGCAUGUAAAGAAGAGUCAAACAUCUGCUCUGCACUCGGCUCUGGAGUCUUCAAUCGAUCAGGGUCCUUACGUGAAUGUGGCUGAUGGAAUGGUGGCUGCAAUGGGAAAUGAGCACACAAAAGAUGCUGUGGUCGAAGAAGAAACGGUACUACAAAAGAAUCCAAAAGUGAAAACCGAGGAAACAUCUUUAGAUGCAGAGAAGAACGCCCAUAUAGCAGGAAUGAACGGCAGUUCCGAAAUCUCUCAGAAUCCUGUAGGCACUCAAAGCGUCAUGCCAAUGGAUGUAAAUUCCUCGGUCUUGAGGAGUAUAAAUCAGAUCGUGCGAGUGACUAGAAGAUCUAUUUGGCUGCUUGCGUAUAUUGCUAUAGUUACAACUUGGCCAAUCAUCGGCUCAGCCCUUGGCAUCGUUUUCAAAGGGAAGCUUAAAAACAUGUUACCUGCAGUUCUGCGUAGAAGAUAAUUGGCCGCAGCGCUCCCGUGGAAAGUAAGUUGUAUCAUGAAUUAUUAUUGCCUUCUCACUCAUUGUGAAGGUUUUAUCAUCGUCAACGGUGAAAUUAUCUGUCAAAUCCAAAAAUAUUAAUAGAUACACGAAACAACGGAAUUAUCAGACCUGAA